AUGGAUUAUUCUACUAAUGUUACAUAUUUAACCCUGGCAGGACAUGUGGAAUUGGAGAAGCACAGAUAUGUUUAUUUUAUAAUUACUCUCAUAGUUUACUUGUUAAUUAUUUGUUUUAAUGCUGUUGUGAUUUAUGUCAUAUACAUCAACAAAAGUCUCCAUGAACCAAUGUACAUAUUCAUUGCUGCCUUGCUUUUGAACUCUCUCUGUGGAACAACUGCAUUUUAUCCUAAACUGCUAAAUGAUUUCCUCUCUGAAAGACAAGUUAUCUCUUACCAAGUCUGCACAUUCCAGGCAUUUUUAAUUUACACAUUUGCUACUUCAGAAUUCACUCUGUUAUCUGCUAUGGCCUAUGACAGAUUUGUGUCUAUAUGUAAACCACUGCAAUAUGCAACACUUAUAAAAAUGUCCACUGUCAGGAAGAUUUUGUUUAUUUCUUGGUUUUUGCCCUCAUGUGAAAAUAGUGUUGGGCUUAUAUUGACAUAUCAACUUAAAUUAUGUCAAUUCAAAUUAAAUAGAAUUUACUGUGAUAACUAUUCAAUUGUUAAAUUAAGUUGUGAAGACACACUUGUGAACAAUGUAUAUGGACUAUUUGUUUUAAUCAUUGCUGUAGUUCCACCAGUGGUUUUCAUAAUUUACUCAUACAUUAGAAUACUUGUAGUCUGUAUAGGGAGUUCAAAGGAUUUCAGAAGAAAAGCUCUACAGACCUGCUUACCGCAUCUUUUCAUUUUCAUCAAUUUUUCUAUGAAUUCAUGUUUUGAAGUUAUUAAUAACAGACUACAAUCAAGCAUCCCCCUGAUAAUUUCUGUGAUAUUAUCUGUUGAUUAUUUGGUUAUCCCUCCUCUUUUCAAUCCCAUUAUAUAUGGACUGAAACUGAGAGAGAUCCUGAAUAAGAUCAAGAUGCUGAUUUCUCACAAAAACAAUACAAAUGUAUGUUUUUAA